AACCCACCGAAACUUCUAAACCCGGACGCUAAGGUCAAAGCCCUGAGAAGUCUGGGACUCAUGCGCAGUAGGACGCAGAACUUCCGACAGAAGGCGGAGCUUUAGUGUUUGCGCAGGCGCUCAUUCUUAGCUGGGCUUCCAAGAUGCCGGAGUACGUCCCUUCUAGGUUGGCCACCUUGCCCCCUACCCUCGAUCCGGCCGAGUACGACUUAUCGCCCGAGGUCCGGCGGGCGCAGGUCGAGCGGCUAGCCAUCCGCUCCCGUCUCAAGCGUCAGUACCUUCUGCAAUACGACAACCCUCACCGCCGGGGGAUCAUCGAAGAUCCUGCUUUGCUUCGUUGGACUUAUGCAAGAACAGCAAAUAUCUACCCCAAUUUCAGACCCACCCCCAAGACCUCACUCUUAGGUGCUCUGUUUGGAAUUGGCCCCCUUGUCUUCUGGUAUUAUGUUUUUAAAACUGAUAGGGACAAGAAAGAAAAACUUAUUCAAGAAGGAAAGUUGGAAAGACCACUGAGCAUUGUUUCUUGAGUAUGUGGGAAUGUGGAUAACAUAAGGAUUGUUAUGUAUUUAAAUCACUGUAUUGCACAUCUUGUCAAAAGACGGAUUCUUGCUUAAAUAAAUUUGAUGAUACUCA